AUGGCGCGCCCUGCAAAGUACCAGUUAACUCUCAGCCAGCUCGCUGAGUUUGACGAUUUAUUGACAGAUGCGCUUGUCGAUCGCGUCUACUACUGGACAAAGAUCCGUAAAAUGAAGCAUAGCUACCACCCGAAUCGGGGUAUAAAGACGGAUGACGUGGUUAAUAUUAUCGUGUGUGAGGUGGUGCGGAAUAAGAAUACAUCGGGGGCGUUGAACAAGCUUAUGGAGCUUAACGGAGUGAAGCAGUUCCUGAAUAAAGUUCUCUACAAGAAUCCGAAUGCUGAGGCCGAUUUUAUGAAACAUGCCCGCCGAUACCUCUCCAUGUAUGCCUCCGACUCGCCUUUCGAGGUUGGCUCUACAAAUCGCUACAAUCCACUUGCACCGGAAGCCUGCAUCAUCGCUCGACGUAUCUUCCACCGUGGCGACACUAUAAAAUAUCUCACGGGUGCUAUGGUCCCCAUGACCCCCAGCGAGGAGGAUGAGUUUGCGGGUUCACAGGCCGACUUCAGCAUUAUCUAUUCUUCCCGAGUAGGAGGCAUGUCACUUCUUCUAGGACCGGCCCGUUUUGUAAAUCACGACUGUGAGCCGAACGCGAAAUUUGUCACAACAAAUAAGGAAAAUGUCACACUGAUUGUUGAGCGGGAUAUCGAGCUGGGCGAGGAGAUUACAGUAAACUACGCGGAUGAUUAUUUUGGUGUUGGGAACAGGGAGUGCUUGUGCAGGACAUGUGAAGUGCAGAUGAGGAAUGGGUGGGCCUCGGGCUCGCCAUCUGGUGGCGAAGAGGAGGAGGAGAUCGAUAUCGACAGCUUGGUGCCCGGUGCGAUUGUGACUCGACAAUCUUCGAGGAAGCAGCGUGCGUCUAUGACAAGCCUGGAAGUUCCGGAUAGGAGGAGAAGGAAGAGUAAAGGAGGUGUAUUGAGCCCACCAGAUAGUGACCGUGGGACAUCUGUGUCUGCGAGUGAGGCACCGAGUGUAGCAGGGAGGUUGGGUACGCCAGGUGGUAGCCACAGUCCUGGACCCGAGGAGGGCCCUGCUACACCACCAAAAACGGAAACUGCUACGCCAGCUGAGAUAGAGGUGGCAAAGGAGGUUGAGGCGGAAGUUGAAGUAGCCGAGAAGGUUGCAGAAUCGUUACUAGCCUUGCCGGGAGUGGUGGAUGGAGAUGCAACAAAGGACUUGGAUGGAGAUACCCCUAUCAAAGACGAGGAGGAUAUGGCCGGAUACGAAAGGACUGAGACUGAAAGGGAAGGAUCGAUGGAUUCCACCAUUCCCGACGACGAGAUUCACGAGUCUGUCACAGUCAAAUCAAUCUCGCCGGAUUUUACUCUUAGCUUUGGACUCUCAGCUCCACUGUCUGAGAUGACCGUUGCACCCGCCCCCCAGACGCAGCCUACAAUCUAUGAAUCAGACUCGGAGUUGUCGGAAUUCACCGAUAUUGCUGAUUCUGAAAUCGACGAUUCGAUUCUCACAAUGUCAGCUCCGCAUUCCACCACCAAAAAGCCACGGAAAAAGACAAAAUUGAUAAGGUCCAAAUCUGCGAAAAAGGCCAAGAAGCCCAAGCCACCGACCAGCACACCGAAACCCCGACGUUCUUCACUUCCAGCACCUCGGCGUACUUCGCUCCCUGCGGUCCCGCCGGCGGUCAUAGAACCACCGCUCAACCGCGUCCCUGGGGAUUAUCUGUCUUGGCAUCUCAACAACGAAGGCACCAAGUGUGUAUGUAGCGACUGCAAGAAAGCUUUCGUACACGACGAUAAAUGGUAUGUGCCGAGAGCAUGCAAACGCUGUGAAAGGCACAGUAAGAUCUACGGCUUGGUGUGGCCAAAAACUGUGAAGCGCAAGAACGACUCCGAGGAGCAAAUCGAUGACCACCGGCUCAUACAACGCUACGUAACAGCUUCUGAACACAGAAAGGAGCUACGGAAGAUGGAAGAGGAAACAGCAGCAGCAGAGGCCGUAAGGGCUAAGAGAAGGGGAGCAUAUAACCCAGCUCCAGCUGAAUCCAACAGAAGAAAGAGAAAACAAGUCGAAGAUGAGAUGGAAGAUAUCGAUGGUGUAUUCGACGCAUUGAAGAGACGAGGCGGAAAACGAAGCAAAUUGGAAGAUGCAGUUAUCAGGUAG